AUGGCAGUAAAGAAAAAGGGUGGCCGAGUGCCCUUCCCUUCGCGGCUGUUUCAGCUUCUGAAGCUAACGGAAGAUAAAGGAUGGGAAGACAUAUUUUCCUGGGUUAACGAUGGUACUGGCUUCAAAGUUCAUGAUAGGGAAAAGUUCGAAAAGGUCUUGCUUCAGAAACAUUUUAAUACCAAACGAUAUGCAAGCUUUGCACGACAGCUUCAUGCCUAUGGCUUUGAUUGUGUACGGACAGGAAGGAAUACUGGAAUUUAUUCUCAUCCAGCCUUCAAGCGCGACGACCCAAAAGGCUCGUGCUUGUUGAAACGAGAAGAAACGAAAACCAUAUCCAAAAAGGCAAUCUCAGAGCACAAUCAAGCAGCAUCAAACAUCAGUCGGUUCUCAAACUUUCACCUGGGGAUUCGUGCAGGAGACACUGUUGUUCAGUUCCCUUCACUUUUGAAGCCAAGCACACAAAAUGGAGAAGCUAAUUUUGGGACUCUGACUUUCGAUAAUAGCCAGCCCUCGGGGCCAAUGGGUAACCUGUAUAAUACUGUCCGCGCUCAAGUUGCCGAUCGAACCAGAAAGGCACUCAUAAGGAUCCCUUCCGAAGCUUCGGACAACCCUUUUAGCAAUCCAGACAAUGCGUUCUGGUCUCCCAAUACAAAUCAGAAUACAAACCACAAUCGAGCGGUUAGUGAUACUUCAUCAAUAUCUACAAAAUCAAGCUUCAUAAGCAUGAACAAUAGUGUUUCAUCACCAAAGCCAUCUGGCAUGGGUGCCCACUACAAUAUGAAUAUGAACAUGAAUAUUGUUGAUGAUGACAUGUUUCGUCAGAUGGCAAUGGUGCCUGAGGAAGAUGAUGACUCGUUCGGAGAAGACGGCGAUUUCGAACCCAUACCAUGGUCACCAUUACCGACUCCUUUUGAGGGUGACAUUGACUCUGUUCUGCCGAUCCAACUCGACUCCUCUAUUCUGGAGCCUCGACCGAUCAAUGAGAUGGUCCAAGACCCAGCAACCGCAAACACAUGGAUGUACGACUCGGUCCCAUUGCUUGGCACCCCGAGAAGGCGAGCCUUGCUUGAGUUCUCGCUCCCGGUUUCAUUACCAAUUGGCUUUUAUGUCGCGGAUGUUUCCUCCUAUGGAAUCUAUUGGGUCUGUUUCCUCAUUUUGGGACAUUUUGUGGAAUGUCUGUUUACUUCAUGGGGAGGUGCAGAAGAUAAAAAGGACAAGACAUACACGAAGGACCUCAGCAUCAAACCCACGAUUGGAAUGCUUCAGCAUCAUAUCAUGGACUUGCUGUGGUUCCAUUCACUUCUUUCGAACAUGAUAUUGACGCCGCACUACUUUGGAGCUCCGUGCUAUGCACUUUUAUACCUCUUUAUUUGGCCGCAACCGUUCAAUCUGUCCAUUGCUAUCAAGACGCACUAUUGUGAAAGCAAUCUCGAGGGUACGUAUGCUCAUGGGAAAUGGUGGAUUGGUGACAUCGUCAGGAAGGUACUCUUGGGUUACGGUUUCACGAUACUAGGUAUCGUCCUGGUACACGUAUUCGAAAUGGCUUCGUUGCGAAUUCCGCUGGUGUUUGGGUUCAACAUGAUACCGUUGGUUGCAUUUGAGUCCUACCGAUACUUGCUUUCAGUGUCUGCGGUAGCUGGAUUGACUUCAGAAGCACGCGUUGCGAAGAAGAAAGUGCAGUAA